AUGUACCACAAGGAUAUUCGCGUCAAGGUCUGCCUUCCUUUCUUUUUUUUCGUUUGUACUUUUAAAGUCUGUAUUCGACUUUUUAUACCUCUUUGUUAACCUUCAGUUUAAUACGUGCGCUUGAUUUUUUCCCAAGAUGUAUUUUGUGAUUUUUGUAAUCUAACAAUGCACUCCAACCACUUUUAGUUUAUUUCCGAACUUCUGCUAAGCAUGACGACGGUCAAACUUGCCUGUUUGGAAUUCCCUAUGUCUCAAAAGAUUCUUGGCGCCCGAAAAUUGGAGCUGAAAGCUUUGCGAGGCCAAAAACUUCUUGACGCUUGUUGCGUUUUCCUAUGGGCUGCCUGUCCAGCCCUUUUAGCUGGCUUUACUUUCGCCACGUUUGUCGCUCUCGGAAACGAACUCCGGCCGGCAGAGGUGAUCAUCCUUUUUCAUCUUCAACUGUAUUUUAUCUUCGGCCGGAUUCCGUUGACCCCAUUUUGCAACAUGAACCUCUAUGACAUUAGUGCUUUUUGAUGUUUGUUGAGAUACUGAAAGAGCUGCAUUUCACUGUUAUUUUCGGCCUACUAGGUAGCCGAGACCUUUUCAUACCCCUAAUCAGCAUUCAUUUUGUUGUUGGUUAGAAUGCUUUAUAUUGGACUUUCACUGACGGUGGUCGUCGACUAAAUACUAGUACGUAAUCAUAUUUUUGUGUUGUUCCAGCCUAAGUUUAACCUUCUUCUUUCAGAUUUUUACUAGCCUAGCCUUACUGAACAUGCUGAUAACCCCAUUAAAUGCCUUUCCCUGGGUGAUUAAUGGGGUUAUGGAGGCGCUAGUUUCAGCUCGCCGGAUCUGUCGUCUCUUUGACCUACCGGAAUCUCAAACUCUUGAGCUAUCUUACGUCACGCCCGCGUCUGCUAACCCUGCCUUUGAGGAAGAAAGUCAGGAAUACACGGUCAAAGCAAUGGCCAAAAACGAAUUGGUGCCUCUUGAUAGUGGCUUUAAACUCUUUAUUUGCGCCGAACGUUUUUAUUGGAAAACCAGCGAAGAACCCUCUUUGGUCAAUAUCGAUUUGUCGAUUUCCGAGGUAUUUUAGUAAAUUGCUAACAUAAUUUGUGAACUUUUCCCUACUCAUUGCAUGUUGAAACUUGGACUGGCGUUUGUAGCUAGUUUUGAUAUGGUUUUGGCUAAAACUACGAUACUUUGUUCUACUAGCUUCCCUAAUAUAUAGGCAGCUCAAACGGCGCACACGGCGAAUGUCAACCUGAGGACGGGGUAUCUGAAACGAGCGCACCAAAGCGCCUCUUUAAGUUUUCGAUUUUUUGAUCUGACUGAUUCUUCCAGAUGCGUCCAUUGAUCAAGACUGUUUAUAUUAUUUCCGAAUAAUUUUAAAGUAAGGGACGUAAGUGCACGGGUCUUUUUAUAAUGAGGUGGUUGGCUUAUUGACGUAGGCGUCUUGUAAACUUCUUAUUACUUUGGGCCUUAUGAUUAUCUGCAUUUUAGCUUUCUUCCCUACCUCAUUAAUUCUAAUCGUCCCGCCUUUUCCUAUUCCUAACAGGGCCAGCUCAUUGGUGUUGUCGGCCCCGUCGCCUCUGGUAAGUCGUCUCUUCUUCUAGCCAUAAUGGGCGAGCUACAGUCGCAGAAUGGCCAAGUCACCUAUGUACGUGGACGUUCUGGAACCGCUGCAACUCUACGAUUUGCCUACGUUGGUCUAACUCCGUGGCUUCAGAAAGGCACGAUUAGGCAGAACAUUUUAUUCGGAGAACCCACUGACGCUGAAUGGUUGCAAACAGUGGUUGCAGCCUGUGGACUCGAGUUGGACCUCAGAAAGCUGCCUCAUGGCUUGGACAGUGAGAUCGGCGAGGCUGGUAGCCUGUUGUCCGGUGGGCAGCGGGCUCGCGUCGCUUUGGCUCGAGCCAUUUACCAGCGAGCUGAUGUUUACCUUCUCGAUGACCCUCUUGCGGCCUUGGAUGCUCAUGUGGCGAAGGCUCUAGCAAAAAACUGUAUCGGACGGCACGGUCUGUUGGCUGGCAAGACACGAAUUGUGGCAACUCAUCAGCCUGAAUGGCUCCUCAAUCAGGUAGACACUUUCAGUGCAUAGAACAUUUUGCCUUCGUAAGAAAAGUAUCCAGGGUGCUGUCCGACAUGCAAACAAGUAGAUUUUAUACUCCUGACCUUGAGCGAAUCCCCAUUGAAAAUGAUGACUGUCCUUGCCAGCCGUGUAGUUCUUUCAUCCUCAAAAGACCACCUGGCAGACUAAUGACCUUUUUACAACCCUUCACGUUCGUCAACACGAAACCUUUUUCGGGUUGUUUCAAAGGGAGACCUUGUUUACUGGGAUUCUGAAAGGUUGCCUCCUUUCAAAAGGUGACGAAGAAUUUGCUUGUAGCAUUUAUAAGCAAUCAUUCAAAGUGGAGCUAAGAACAUUUGAAGCAGAACGUUUUGCCGGCGAUCUCACACUGGACAUCUACGUGUCUUCUUCCGAUAGGUUCGCUUUCCCAAGUAUACGAGGCGUAAUGACAGUGAUAAAGCUUGGGGUCAAAGGUAUUAAAUACUGCACAGUUGAGUUGAGCUUCCGGCCGUCGAAAACACCUGUUCCAAAUUUGCUCACUUUCUCCUCAAUUGACAUUUUGUGACCCAGUAUCUUUAUAUUACUCAUGUUCACAUCCAUUCUAUGUAUAAGAAAAACAGUUUCAAAAAGACGCAAAGCUUGUUUCUUUUUCAACAUGCUCUAAAUAGUAAGUAAAGACCUGGACAGUUUUAAGAAUUGGAGAGGGGACGGCAAUGAGUAAUUACACUUAGUGGUUGGAACAACACCCUAUCCGACCUUAUGGUAAUCGUUGCUCUUCGACUUGCUUACCGUUUAUUUUAGGCGUUCUGAUAGGGCUUUUCUAACAAUUAGUCAAAAUCACUAUUAAUCGAGUACCACUCCAGGUAUUCAGGAAAUGUAAGACAGCCUCUUUAAGUGUUAACGCGUGUUAGACUUUGUACAGCCGUUUUCGUAGUGCUAAAGAUAUCCCUUAGGAAUUCAUAUCAAGGCACAUGGCAUGAAUGAACUGUUUUUUCAUGAUGAUCAUUUCUUUGGGCAAAUGAGAAGCCUAGCGGUAUUCAAGGUACGUACAGGCACCUCUGCUGUUAGGAUAUGACAUGCCACUUUCGACCACAACAAAGAGUUGUCUUGCCAAACGGCUGUUGAUUUUAGACCGAGACAGCAUCAAAUUUUCAAGGCCUGAUAGCUUCUUGCCUCUGCACCCUAUCCUAUGGUCAACUUAGAUAAAUGACUAUUAUUUACUCGUGAGCUUCAACAUUUCCGAUUGCACUCGGCAGAAAGUAAACUUACGGCCCUAAUGGUAGAAGUUUUGUCUCAAGUUCUCCAUAACUAAGUUAACUCCGGUCUUCCUGGCCUGGACCUGAGGUAUUACUAGGUUAUGAUGGCAAACAAGUUAGAAAUGGCUAUUUUACUCUCCCCUGUCCAUGUCAGUAAUGCUUCUCUGCUAUAGACCCCACUUCAGUGCACGACCACCUUCAAGAAUCUCAGACUAGAGCUCUAAGGCCGAGCGGCGUCGCCUCUACUCCAUCCUGCAACCAGAACAGAUCGGUGCCUGUAUAAUUUAAGCCUUUGGGAACCAUGACAGUUUGACCUUCGUAAGUGACCAAGUUCACCGCGCGCCUUGUAGACUAGGCUUAGCACCAGUGAUAGGCGCAUUAAUAUAUUUUUAGUGAAGUCGGCUUGCACGGCAUCUACCCCACUCUCUCCUCCCUCACCCACCAGGCUCUGAUGGCGACACAAUAUGAAAACGACCGAAGAUGAGGUCGGACGCAGUGGCUGACAAAACUAAGCAACCCGUCUGCGCCUGUCAUUCUGGCGAUGGAAAAGUGAAUCACAUGUUUGCUUCAUAAAAGAGAGAGAGAUUGCGUUAGGGGGAGUCGUAUGUUGUAGCUUAGGUUCAUACGUAGCCCAGUAAUAUGUGUGCAUGUAAGAAGCUGUGGUGAUGUGAUCUGAACCGCCUUUUUUACCUAAGCUGUUCAUGGGGACGCAUAUGGCCGGAUAUCCUGGAGAAGUGUGGACAGAUGAGGCGGGAGCGACGGAUUUACCUUGAAGUUUCAGGUACUGGCCUGCCGAUCUCAAUGCGAUGCAUUCGCAAGUGACCAGCCAGGCUGAUACGUGACUUAAAUGGGCGGUAGCAGUAAGGACAAGGUGGAACUUUUGUUGUAAGGCUGAUGGUAUCAGUCCGACCGUCAUUGCCGACGAUGCCCACCGUGUGCUCCACAGCAGUGUAAAGCGGGCAUGGUGACUUGUGCGUGAGCUAGUUUAUAGUGGUAAUAGACUUGGACAGCAUCUACCACACUCUCCCCCCCGUCUGGGACUGUUGUCAAGCCAUAGCCAAGACGACUGAAGGCGGAGAUGGUGCGAGUGGCUGAUACAGCUAGACCGCACCUAGGCAUACCACCACAUCCCCUAGUUCACAACAAGCACCUAUUCACUACCGAGCCUUACGAAUAUUUCAGAUUGGAAAUCGGGUUCUUACCUCUGCUAUCGCCUGCUUUAGAAUCUGUCCUUUAUGCAGAGGCGAGAAAUUUGUCAAAAUUUGUCCUAGCGUCCACGGGACGUACUCCGUUGUUUGUUUUUCCCAUUUUUAUCUAAAUGUGCCAAUUGAACACCCCGAACUUCUCUGUUUAGGACAGCAGCUUAGGUGGCCCGGCUGAUCUCGUAAUCUGCUUAUCUGAGGGCAAAAUCGCACGCACCUUUGCACCCGACUUCAAAGGCCCAGUUAUCAGCGUCGGUUUGGAUUCACCGCCGGCUGUUGGACAGUCUCAGGGAAGUGAGUCAGAUCAGCGGGAGCCUGAAACCCCUUCUCUGUGCUGCAGUGCUUGUGAGGACGAAUGUGCGCCACUGUUGGAGAAUGAUGUUGGCGCGGUCACUGUGGACCCUCGAGAUGACGCCAAUGGGAGCCAACUGCAACACGAAGUGGAGGCAGAGCAGGAUGAGGAGGAAUCUAUUAACUGUGAAAAGUUCGCCUAUGGAGGGAUAGAUUCCAGGGUUUACUGGCAGUAUGCUCGUUCGGUCGGUUACUGCCUCACCAUCUGUGUCCUAGCUUCGCUGACCUUUAUGCAGGGUAAACUUGCGUUUGCUCACUAAAAGUUCGAUAAUAUUUGAAUAAAACUGAGUCAUGGGAGAUUCUUUUGGCAAUUUAUUUGUGCCCGAUCGUCCAUUUUUGGGUUCAAGACCAUCUAGAAAUUUCUCACGCUUGAAAAUUUGAAAAAAACUUUUGAUGUUUUUACGAAUGUCUACAUCUUGAUUUUCGUUCUUGUUUUGAUUGCAAAUCGGCGGCUUGGAAGAACUAGCAGGCUGCAAUAACUCAGAAAAAUUUGUCUAGAUUUUUUUACCCUCUGUUCUCUUUUCCUAUUUAUUUAGCGACUAGAAAUGGAUUAGACUUCUGGCUAUCCUACUGGAUGAAGAGUGAAGCCAACACAACAACACCCACCGUUAGCUAUGUAGGAAUUACGACUUUCCCAAACGCCCACUUUUUGAGCCCUCAUUUUCUCGCCUGGUUGUCGGGCCAACAGUUUGACAGUGUUUCUACUGAAGUGAGGUCUGCCUUGGACAAUCGGACGAGCUUCUACUUUACGGUAUACGGCGGCCUGAUUGCUGCAAAUCUUGCCUUUACUUCUCUACGCGCUGUCCUCUUCGCAUUUGCCGGCCUCGCUGCCGCAUCAACCAUUCAUAAACGCAUCCUGGAUUCUGUUUUGCAGGUGACAUUACCAUUUGUUAGUUUUUGAUAUGAAGUCUGAAGUAAAUAGCCUAAUCAAUCCCCUUUCUGCCACUCAUUCAAAUUUUUCUCUCUUUACCACCUUCACGACUCUGACCCUCAUAUUUUUAUCCCUCUCGCUAUCAUAUCUCUGUCUCAGCCACUGCUUAACUUCUUCCCUUCUCCGUUUUGCCCGAGUUCCUAGUUUCUACUCUACCUUUUCUCAUCUUAACAGUUAGUUUUUGUAUGCUUCCCUGGGUUCCUCCCGUCCCGAUGAUAUACUUCACUUUUGGGAGCUGGACGCACUUUGUUAUUUUAUCAACAUUGGCGAGGCUAUUUCCUCCUGUCAUUCACAUACACCCGCCGGACGCUAGUCCAGAAACCGAUACUCCGAGAUCUCUCGAGUAAAUUUCAUGGCUUAAGUCCUUCUGCCAGCUGACGUUUUAACGUGCGUCUUUCGCAUUUGUUUAUAUUCGGUAGCGUGUUUUCUCCUAAUAGCCGUCAGCCAUUAAUUUUAUCACACGGUCACAUACAGCCUGACAACGUGAUUCAAGGUGUCUUCUAUCGGUGCCUACAUUCAGCGAUGCAAGUGCAGCAUUUUUCAUCCAAUGCUAUAGACUAGCAGAGGAGGACGGUCGACAUGCAUGCGGGUAGAUUGAUACAGGACUGUUCCGCGCUUAUCCUGCCAUAAUUCAGCUGAUCAAUACUAUCGCUACCUCGUCUGCUAUAAUAUCUCGGUUGAGUAAGUGGCAGCUAGCUGCCCGUUCGUAACCUCUGUUGCCUAAUCGGAACUGAUUUGGUUCGGAAAGCAAAGAGGUCGGCCCAGCUUCUUCUUGCAUGAUUGUAAAAUAUAUUGUUCUUUUAGUUGUAAUGAUCGAGGCGAUUUUUGCAUAGCUUGCCCACUUGAAAGGUUUGCAUUGUGCAUUCACUUCAAAUCAUUUCAUUAUCAUUACAAAUAACUUGGCCUAGAAAACGGCCGUUUGUCGCGUCCCGUUAACUACCGGUUCUGCCAUACUGAUUCGUGCUCAUCGUUCACUUCCGCGAAGGAGGCCGCGGUUGGGUUGCUGAUCUACGAGGUGGACCUCUGACACCCCGCAUUUUAUUUCUUUGAGCCAAAUUUUCUCUCUUCUGUUGCAAGUGCGACCGAAAAAUGUCAGAUUUAAUUUUGCGGUCAAUCUCUCCUGCCCUAGAAUUAGUCUAGAUGGACGUUGCUGUUGUAGCUGAGUAGGGAAUUGAUUUUGCUGCCACUGACCUUCGGAGAGCUCAGGCAGGAUGCUUGAACCAUAGCAUCAGUUGGAGUUGUGAGUAGCCAAGUGAUGGAUGCUUGCAGCGACUUGGUGAAAUAGUGGUUUCUUAUUGUUGUUGUUGGAUUAGACGGCGGACGACUGUUCGCCCUCCCCUAUACACCAUCCUUAGGUUUCAGAAUUUAACCAGACGGUGGAUGAAACCGUACUGAAUGGCGGGCGGCAUUCAACAUGUCAUAAUACCGCUGUGGCUUGUGACCUUUUUACAUGUAACCGGCUACAUCCGAUAGUACCAGUUUCUCGGUCAUUGUUUACUCACCGGACCAAAGGGUCUGUUUAUAUCUUAACUAGCGUUGACCAAAAACCAUUUUACUGUCGGCCACCUUUGGACGCACCGGGUACCCCGCAGCUAGAUUAACAGAAAGGCCCCGUUUCCUCUGUCUGGAAAUGGUUUUUUUUUGUGCUAGAGUCUUUAAGAGGUCACGUCGGUGCACCAGGCUGAGUGUAUCAGACAUACUUUAAUUUCGUUUAUAGGUGCACCUCUAUGGUGCAAGUAGCCACCAAAAGUUCGUUAUAUGUUCGGCUACUAGUUGUUUGAAAAAGUCCUCUAAAGCAUUAUUUGUUACCGUUUUAACUAUCCGAAUAAUCGAUAGAUUCGAAUAGUCGAGUUCCAGUAAGUAGUUCAGAAGAAAACCGAAUAGCAAACUUAUAACUCUUGGAAAUCAGUGGCAUAUCUGCGUAAUAUACUUUCCCCUUGGUAACUCGCUUUGACUGUUGUGUCUAAAACAUCUCUUACAGGGCGAAAUGAGCUUUUUCGAUAGUACUCCCGUCGGCCGUAUUCUCAAUCGUUUUUCCUCUGAUGUUGGCACCGUGGAUGACAGUUUGCCAUUUCGCCUGAAUAUCUUUCUGGCUGUCAUCUUUGGUCUGCUUGGUUCCGUGGUCGUCACCUGUCUGGCAAUGCCGACAAUCUUGGUAGUCUGUCUGCCGCUAGCUUUUGCAUACUGGUCAGUCCAGCGAAUGUACCGCGGGGCAGCACGGGACCUCAAACGUCUUGCUAGGUAAGUUUUCUUUUCGCGUGCUUAGUUAACAUAUGUGUCCGCUUUUUAUGGCUCCGAGACUAAGAUUUAAUACUCUCACAUGAUCUGCAACACACCUCUACCGUAAGGAAAUAAAAGCGUUAAGCUCCCCUAAAGAUGAAAAACAGUGCUAAUAGUCGCAUUCUUGUCUGUCUAACUCAAUCGCACCCGAUCAUAAUUCGAGCCUACUGUAUUUUGUGACCGUCAAGACAAAAUGAGGGUAGGCUAUAGCACGCGAACCUUUUAUUGACAUACGUUGAGUACCUAGAGUAACCUGGACGUUUCACGACAUAGUGAACUGGCGCCUCGACUGACUGUGAGCAUUGACUUCUUGCCAAACCAGCAGAUUUCAAGUUGAGGAGCACCGAAUCACACACCUUUCACCGGAUCUAGUGUGAACAUUUUCAAAGAUCUCUCGUAAACACAACCAUCCUUCCUGUACUGUCGUGUACAGAAAAUAUUAGGGGAAGGUUUAUCAGCACGAUUCGAUCGCUUUCACAGACUUCCUGUCUUUGGAAUGCUUGCGGCGCUGAAAAAAAACCCAGUGGAUACUGCUCACAUGAGACGUCGAUAUAAUACGUUAUUCUUAUCCUUUUUUGCAGCGUUGCGCGUUCACCUGUGUAUGCCCAUUUCUCGGAAACAAUCACCGGUUUAGUUGUUAUCCGGGGUCUUCGAAAGGAGGAGGCGUUUGGAAGAACAUCUUGCGCUCGCCUGAAUGAGCAGACUCGUUGUGAACUUGCCUCGUUGGCGGCCUCGGCCUGGCUUAAUCUCCGUCUUCAGAUGAUUGCCGUGAUGGCCGUUACCUUUGUUAUCUCGGCAGCCAUUUUCGGAAGACUCGUCGGCUGGACAGACGUAUGUUUAUUUUUAACAAACGUCCUACUUACUAACGCUAAGUACUGAAGUAUUACUCGCUGAGAUCUGGAGUGUUUGCGCAGAAAAUGCACUUUGCUCUCCGGCGUAGUUUAGCUCGAAAACCAUGAUUUGCCAAGUUUCGUGGAAAACUACCACCCGAUUCCAGGGGAUGGUAGUAGACCUUAUUUGCACAGGACUAUGGGGCAGAAGGGAAUGCAUACGUUCUUUUUUGUCUCUUGACUCUAAUCUAGGACUCUCUUCGACUGCGCACCUCGACGAAGACGCAUUAUUUGAGAAGCCUGGCCGAAGAAGGCGGAUGGAACAGAAAUGGCCAUUUCUAACUUAUUUAUCAUUACAAGCCAGCCGUAAUCCAGUUCCUAACCACAAAGGAUUUGGGAUUUGGAUUCAGACCUAGAUGGUAAUUUGGCUGAAUGCUCGAUCAGCUGCUCCACGGCCCAUCCUCAAGUACCACGUCUUAUGUAUACUUGAUUAGAGCGGGUCUAACCGAGGGCGGAAACUAUGCCAUAAGUGUUUAUUCCUUUCUGUCCUACCACUGGCAACAAAAUUUAUCAAGAAUACAUCAACUCUGCUUCCUGACUAUUAUUUCCUGAGAGUUUUAUGUCAUCGCUUAUUUGGACACGGGAAUACGGACUCCCCUCCAGGACUACAGGUAGUUCCACGCUAAAUUCCAAGAUAUUACUACUAUCGUGUUCUAACGUUAACCCCAACGCUAACACUAACUCUCAUAUGCAUAACCUUACCCCUCCUGACGCUAAGCACAACCCAAAUCCUAGCUCUAACUCUAGCCUUCCCUGGGAUUUGGGGUAGAGCCACCUGUUUAGGGGGCUUCUGUUCCCAUAUCCAGCCUUCGUUUUUGGUUUUUGGAGUAUCAUUACUCUCAAGCACCUUCCGCGCUAAUAAGAAUUCGUUUUUUCAGGUCAGUUUAGCUGGCCUUGCAGUGAUAUACGCCCUAAUGCUGGCAAAUCAAAUGACAGCAACCGUGUCAUGCAUGACCGACACGGAGAAGGAUUUUGUUGCUGUUGAGCGCUGUCGCGAGUUGGAAGAAGAUACGCCCUGGGAGCCGGAAGUUGUUGCUAUGACUGUAGUCGUAAGUCCAGCAACCCUCCCUCGUGUUCUUUUUUCAACGUUCCAUUGACAUUUACUCGUUUCACUUCUGCUCAUUCCCCUCAUCUUAUCAUGUACCUAUUUUCUACUUUUUUAAAAUUAAAAUGAGAUCCAGCACACCUUAAACACGGGAGGGAAAUCAUUUGAGCGUCAGAUGAGCUUAGUGAGGCAACUUUCUAGACUCUUGAACAUUGGAGAAAAUCGGGGUUACUAUUCAUUUCCGAAGACCAAAACGUAAUAGGUCCAAUACGUCAAUCACAUUGUUCUUUGGGCGAUUGGUUUUUUGUUACUGAAUCUACCCAGAGCUCAGACUGUGUCUUCUCGAAUACUGUAACCUUUUGGGAUGAGAAUUGCACGGACACCACAAGUCAUGGUCCUUGUGACGCACCUGAAGGUUCCUCUGUCUUAUCGACUGAGCUCGGUCGUAGGCCACACGAUAUGUGAAUUGCCUCGACUGGCGAAAGAAACCGGGCUUGGGUACCUGGCGUAUCCCUCCAGUGUAUGGGAAUCCGCAGGCGGUUCUAGAAGAGGAACCGUCCGUGUUGUGGCGUGCCUAGACAGACUUGGCAAUUAGCUUAGGCUCAUCAAAAAUCAAAGGUAGGGGACGCCCACCGAUCGUUCUUACGGAACUCACUCGUUCCGUUGUGCCUUACGCGCCCUCUCUCGAGCUUAAUCGGAAGCCGCACAGCAGCGCGUGAUAUAGGUAGAAUGUCGGUGGUGGUGGUAGUAGCAGCCGCAGUAAUAGCAGCAGUAGUGAUAAUAGUAGUAGUAGUGGUAGUAGUAGUAGCAGCAUUGGUGGUAGUAGCAGUAGUAAUAGUGGUGGCGGUGGUAGUAGUAGUAGUAGUAGUGGUGUUGGUGGUAGUAGUAGUGGUGUUGGUGGUAGUAGUAGUGGUGUUGGUGGUAGUAGUAGUAGUAGUAGUAGUAGUAUUAACAGCAGCAGUAGACGUGGCAGCAGUAGUAGCAGUGGUAUUGGUGGUAGCAGCAGUAGGAAUAGUAGUGGUGGUAGUAGUAGUGUUGGCGGUAGUAAUAGCAGUAGUAGUAGUGGUAGUAGUAGUAGUAGUUAGUAGCAGUGGUAGUAGAGGCAGUAAUGGUAGUAGCAGUAGGAAUAGUGGUGGCGGUAGUAGUAGUAUUAGUAGCAGUAGCAGAACUGACAUUAGUGGUGGUGGUGGUGGUGGUGGUGGUGGUGGUGGUGGUGGUGGUGGUGGUGGUGGUGGUGGUGGUGGUGGUGGUGGUGGUGGUGGUGGUGGUGGUAGGAGCAGCAGUAGUCGUAGCAAUGGUGGUAUGACGGGGGAGGCAACAGUCGUGCGUCAACCGGCGACGAAUGACACCCACAACGCACUCAGGGUCAAUAACAAUGGCGCUUGCCUGCCAACAAUGAGCCACUUCGUGUACCUCGAAAAUAUAAUUUUAGAAAAUAUCAAAUUGACGAUCGGAUCUCUAAAGCCAACCAGGCUACAACGCUCCGUCUCGAACCGUCGCGGCAUCCUAUUCAACACAAAUAUGAGGAUGUGUAGGAUUGUUUCCAGACCACGCUCCGAUUCAGGAGAGAAAUCUGGACAGUCUGUGCUAGUCAGACAAGAAAACUAAAUCACUUUCACCCCAGAUGCCUCCAAAAAUACCGAAGACGAUGGGAUGGGAAAGAAACACAAACACCAAGAUCUUGGAAACAGGCUUCCUCUGUAUCUUCGCCAUGCUGGAGCAGUCACUUCGUGGAAAUGUAUAACGAACGCCUGCAAAAAGGAGACACGAUCACUGGGACAAGAGCUUUAUUGGCCUGACGUUUAGAAUUCUUGCACGAUCCCAUCAUCAGAGAAAACCAGAUACAGUUGGUUCAUGCACUAGGGGUUGCAGUACUUAUUGGAUUCAGUCGCCAUGCUACCGCGGCACCCUCCCCUCCCCCCCCCCUCAUUCAUCAGGGAUCGUUGCACUUGACGUGAUGACUGUUUAAUGGCUGAAAUUCGCGUCGUUAAUUGCUGCAAUUUCACCACGUGUGUUGGAUGUUUGUGUGAUGAUUGCUCGACCAUCUGACCCACCGACCUUGGCGUUGGGAACACUGUUCACCUGUGCGUUCCCCGCGUGGCUAAUUACUCCGUCUAGGCAGAGUCUCAGCACCGAAUAUGGAAGGGGAAGGUCGUUGGACUUUUUGAUGGACUGGGGGUCAGUGAACCAUGACUCAAGCAGCUCGCGGCUCACGCGACUAUACCCUCUCACGAGAAUUGCAACCUCGUUGAAUUUGAAUGUGUAGCCGCAUCUCGUCGAGUGAGCCGCAACUUGACAGCUAGCGUCAUUUCUCUGCACUGCUGCAGCGUGUUCGGCCAUUUGCACUCGGAGCUGUCUUCCGGUUUCUCCGACUACUUGCUUUGUUCGCAACUGCACCAGAUCCGAUAAACGACGCCAGACGUUUCUUGCCGUGGCAGUGGGUCUUUCGGUUACAUUACCUGACGCCUGAUGGUUGCCUCCGGUCUGUGUGCAAAUCCGACCCCAAAUGGUGCGAGAAGGCGGCCGACAGGUUCCGAAACGUUCUUGGCAUACGGAAGCACUCGCAAAAAUUUGGUGUCCGUGCGGUUAGGCCUUUCGUUCCUUUGCGUAUGCACCGGUUGACAAAGUUGCGCGGGUAGCCAUUGGCUUUGAAUAACCGUCGGAGGUAUUUUAGUUCGGCAAUCUUGUCUUCCGGGUCACUGCAGUUCGUUUCGACACGCCGAUGGAACUACCUUACACAGCUGCGUUUGUGUCCGAUUGGAUGGUUGCUGUUGAAGUUCAGUACUUGCAGUGUAUUUGUCGCUUUCCUGAACAGUUUGGUCUAUAGGCCACCACAAUCUUUACGGCAGACGAGGACCUCCAGGAAGGCCAGCUGGUUGUUCUCUUCCUCCUCCAUCCUAAAUUGUAUGCUAGGGAAGACGCUGUAAAGUUGUUCUUUGAACAUUAGCACCUGAUCCCGUUCGAUGAUGACGAAGGUGUCAUCCACAUACCGUGCCCAGGAUUUCGGUCGGUGGUGUUGGAAGACGAGGGAUUGUAGCCGUUUUAGGACGGCCUCGGCGAUGAAUCCCGAAAUCGGCGAACCCAAUGAUGUUAUCUUCGCCUGUACCUCCCUUACUGACCACUUGAAAUGCUCCGAUCAUGUGCUGCGCUGAUCAGAAGAUGCAAUUUCUCGGGAUGUUCUCUCGUCCGAAUUCGACCCUGGGUGUCGAUAACUUCGGUGGAGGGUCAUCUGUGGCUAUGCGGUAUUUAGUUUUCGAGAGCAGCGUACAAUCUGGUUCAGCUUCACUCAGAAAUCUGUUGCCGACCAACUGUAGUAGAGGAUGAUCAUUCGGAACACGAUGAUCUCGCAAUAUGGAACCAGACGAGUUAGCUGUGAUGAAUGUUGUUGCAGGAACAUGUGAAUGAUGAGCUUGAUCUUGUGGAUAUCAUAAUAUAUGAGGGUUUUCCGGGGGAUUUUACGGAACUAACAUCCUUGCAGCCUAUUAGACUUCUUGUCACGACUGCAGUCAUCUAUGCCUGUAUACCGGACCUGGUUAGGUUUUGCUGACACGGAUUCCGGAUUAACAGUUCUACAGGUCUGCGGAUUUGAUACCAGCACUGGAUGAAGACCGCGGUGCUGAUGGGCCACCAUGUCCACCUUGCCGUUUUUCGCUAGUUGUGUCAGCAGCGGGCUUCAUUCAUCUUAACAGAAGUGGAACUUACAUAGCAAGCUGCAAUUCUGUUUGCUUGAAAUCGGGAUCAAAUUAAACCUUGCGAAACUUACCUUACUUGUCUAGGAUUUUUGGGUGACUUAUUUAUAGAUUCUCGAAGUAACUCGAAUUAAUGUCCGAUCACUGCCUCUUAGCCACUUAGGACUUUCUUAUUUUCGUCAUUUUAACUAGAGUAUCCUCCUUGAGGCUUGCGCGUCAUUGGCCAAAAAAUAUUUUAAUUCUUAUUCAGACAAAUGUUUCUAAAAUUUAAGGCACCUGAUCGUGACAAACACCGCUUAGCCACCCCGCAUGCAUACAUGCACCAGCAAGGCCACUCCGAAUGCUCCUCUGUAGACCCCCUUUGGCCGCAGGAAGGCAACAUUUCUUUCCAGCAUGUCUACCUCACCUAUCCUGCUGUGGGGAACAGGGGCCUCACCGGCUCACCUGUCCCCUUUGCACUCGAAGAUGUCUGUCUGGAGAUCAAGGCUGGCGAACGGCUGGGCAUCGUGGGUCGCACAGGGUCCGGCAAAUCCAGCAUUUUACGUGUCCUCUUUCGCCUUGUGGGUCACCUUCCCGGCCCACACUCCAACCCCGAACUUGCCGUGGUCAAGAACUUUCGAGGUGCUACCGGUUACGUAAGUGUCUUUGUCCUUUUCUAAACAUAAAUGUGCGAAUGGUCUGCUGGUUUUCAAGUAAGCAGAUGUCCGCGUUACAUAAGCCUUACUUAGAAAUUUAGCGUGAAUGAGGGUGUCUGCUCUCCCCCGCUCUUCGGAUGUCUAUGCUUAGACUUCAUCGAGCUUUUUAACUGUCAUAUUCUCAGAGCAAUCCAAAAUAAGACUUUUUCUGAGAAUACGGACCCCGCACUGCAGGUUUCCUAAAUUCUGAGGUGCUGGCGGCGGCGGCAACGGUUACGGCGGUGGUGGUGGAGGUAGUUGGUGUUAAAAUUAGGACGCGGAAAAGUAAUCUCCCAGGAAUCUAGCUUGAGGCCACAUGUAGUACGGUGAGGGCUCAUAUUCCCUUGUCCGACUUUUGGGUCUACCUUGUUUUGUUGUAUUUCUGAAAGUCAACUUCUUGACGAGGGCAUGCCCUGCCCUUCGAAUUUCGGCCUUUUGUUUCCUGCAUUCUGUGUUGCCUGUUGUAGCUGGGUGUCGAAGACGCCCACUUAAAACCAGUAGCUAUAAUCAGUAGGCUCUAUUUAGAAACUACUUCAGGCCAGAUAUUUAUCACUCAUAGGUUACAAGUUAACUGCCUCUAACUUCAUUAUCCAGUUUUUGGCGCAUUUUAAUAGUUUUGAUCUUCAGGAACUGCGAACUGAGGAAGUUUCUGCUGUACCUAUUUAAGAACGCUCCUGCAAACUGGGCGCAUUGGCCUCGCAUUGAACGAGAGAAGUUGCGCUCGAUGCGACAACUUCGCAAGGGUAUCUUAAGCCGUAUUAAAAAAGCAGCUAAACUGACCUGGAUGCGUUCUUUUUUGCCCUUGCCAGUCCAGGGCUACUGUCUCGAAUACACCUCAUCCGCCUUUCUGAAGACGACUAAGAGGACGUCAGCCCAAAACUUUAUCAGGCACAAAUUCAAGAUUUUGAGACACUUCUUGAGCCUAUGGUAUUCGGUCUCCGCUACUGCAGAGGCAAAAGAUCUGGACUCCUUCAAUAUAUUACCGCAGCUCGUUGGACAUAGAGAGGCCUUAUCGCCGACGUAAAUGGGUUCGACUAAGCCAAACACGCCGUAGCCGUACCUAAUGGGAAAUAGAAGUAGUAGACUAACGUGAGACGUGCUUUUUUUCCUUGAGCAGAGUGCACCAUUCCUGAAGCGUCUGCGGUUAAUGUGACGGUUUAUCAUAUUGAAGUUGCAUGUUCCUAACAGUUGAAGAAAAUUCUACGCGGUCGCCUCUUCUACACUGCCGUCACGUAG